CUCUACCACCCGCAAUUCCGCACGACAAUGUACUACGGAAAGACCGCGACGGUGUUUUCCACCCCCAAGGAUGAAUUGACGGCCAAAAAGUACCUCCUCACCAGGCCCGCGGACGUAGUGUACCCACUUGACCACGAAGCCGGCUACCCGCCGCGGGAAACGCCGGGAAAAACGCACACGUAUCCAGACUUUGCACCGUGGCACCACUCAUCACACGAGGACGAGCUCGCGGUGACAAACUUGCACAAGGGCUACAGCGAGCCGGCCGCCACGCAGAAUGAGUUUCUUCUGGCACGUGGCGCGAUGAGCACGGUGCUCUGCGGCGCGGCAGACGCAGCCGUUGCGCGCCUUUCAGCCGCAAUGUUGCAGACGAUCCAGCACCAUGAGGCAUUCAACAAGAUCCCCGCCGCGAGCCACAGCUUCAAAUUACCGCCGCGUGUGACGCUCACAGACCAGAAGCGUGAGGCGUGGCUCGCCAAUUUGGCCAAUGCGGCGUACCCGUUGCGGCAGUUGAGCCGCACCAUCCCUCACGGGCUCAAGAAGAACAAGAUGCUCCAGCAGUGUGUGGAGAAGCGGAUCCCGUGUUGCCGCGCAGUGUGGUUUGUCAAAUGCAUCAGCGGUAACGAGAUCCGGCUCCUCGCGCGCAAGGCCACGCGUGCGGACGCGUGGUGGGCGUUGGAGACCGAGUGGGUGCGCGAGUGGACGCAUAACAUCCUAGACCACGUGCACAAGCUCGCGCAUGACUUGCGCGAGCCCGACCAUAAACCCGACCGUGUCAAGGGCGAGCUUGCGUACGUGAUGCGCCUCGUGGGCACUCUCUUCAUGGAGCGCAUGCUCGAUCGUGCAGAGUUCCUCAGCGGGAUACUCGAGCUCAUGGCGGCACCCGGGUUGGCGCCCGAUGAGCCACGCCUCGAGUGCGUUUUAGUUGGGCUCCAGUUUGUGAGUUUCCUUUGGAAGGAAUACCUCGCGUGGGCCGAUACUGCGCCCGCGAGCGCAACCAGCUUGACGGUCAGCCUCGUGCGCGUGUACGUGCGAGUGCAACAGUACCACAACACGUUGCGAUUCCGCCCCGGCCCCGCCGCCAAGCAGUUGGCGCGCGCUCCACUCCUCGCGAACCUUAUCCAUGCGCUCCAGCAGAAGCUCUGCCUCCUCUUCCGCUCGCGCAGUGGCGACAACUUUAUCUUUCCAGACGAAUGGCCCAGCUUCCAGUGGCUUGUAGCCAAAGACAACUGGCUUGUGGGCAACGCGGACGACGCACGCCAUUGGGACGUGAUCAGCUACCGCAACGAAUGCUUGUGCGGGAAUAUCAUGUCAGGCGAGGCGCGCGCAGCAGACACAUGCGAGACCGCCACCGCCGUUCUCGUUGCGCGCCUCGACCGCUUGCUCGCGGGCGACCUCCCGUUGAAUGCCGUUGACGAGCUCCACGAACUAGUCAUGGACUCGGCUGACUGGGCGCACAACAUUCAGACCGUCGUCCAUUGGAGCUGCUCCGGCUUCCGCCACCACCCGUUGACCCCCCUCGUGGGAUCGCGCAUUUUGGCAUCGUUUCAUUCGCACGAACCCGACUAUGGCCUCCGCCUCGAGAUCGAGCGUGCGGUACUCGACGCUGUCUACAGCAUCCCCGACCACCUUCCGGAAAGCGCUGUUCAGAGCUGCAGUUUGCACCGGUUGGUCAAGGAGCUCUUCCAGUGUCGACUCUUCAACAUAGGGUCGUAUGUCCGCAAAUUAAUCUCAUCAGGCCUCCUCUACGACCCCGCAGAAGGCCCACUGCUCUUCCACGUGUCGGUGUUCAUCAACCUCCCGAUCACCCACCACCCCGCGAGUCUCAACCAGGUGAACAUGAUCCUCCGUAAGUUGGGCCACGCACCGAUGGACGACGCACGGCAGCUCUUGGAGCUCAACCUCCUCGCGCAACAGAUUGCCACGAGCGUCAUCGAGCCGGGUGCGGGCGCGGAACGCUGGGAAUGCCACGUGCCGACGCUCGCGAUGCAAAACCAUCUCUGCCAGUGCGUGCUCAGCGAGCUCCGCGUGCGGAUUGCGCAGUCGGAGCGUUUGAUUCACGUGACGCCAGCAAAGGUGACCAUGCUUUACCGCUUCUUCACCGCCAACGGUUGCCUCGAGGCGUUUUUCGACGACUUCGUAGUCAAGGUGCUUCUCAAAAAUGAGGACAAGGUUUUGAUCUACUACUUGGAUUCUUUAUACCUUAUUGCCGAAUUGGUCCAGCACCACCAGUUGUUUCUUAUGUGGAGCUCACUCUGCAACCCGGCGAAUGACCCUGCGGGUAACCGUCGCUAUUCCAAGCUCCGCCGUGCGCGCGAAAUCGGCACGGGUCUGCCGACCGCCGCUGCCGAACUCCCGGAGCGCGCAAAGUACUACUGCCUCUUUGCGUUGACAGACCUACUUAUGGACAGCUUCUUGGACCUUAAAGACGACGGAUUCUUUCUCCGGUUCUCGCGCUUCUGGCAGGCAUCGUUGCGGAUGCUUAACACGUGUGCGCCGCUCUGGAACCUUGACGAGGUAGCGCGCGCGGCGUUCUGCACCAAGUUGGAGAAGGUGAUGGUUGAGGAGAACAAUUCUGAGCUCAACCUCCACGGGCUCCUGGUCAUUGCACGCGAGUUACUCGCGCCGCAUGAUGACUUCUUCACGCAGACCCCGCUGACGCCUAGCGAGUCCAACGUCUUGCUCGUGACCCAGGCCAACUUCAACGCGCUCAUGAACGGAUUUAUCUCCGAGCCCGACGAGGCAAACUUCCUCCGGCUCUUCCACCACUACUGCACCAACUUCCCUGCUGAAUUUGCGGCAUGUAUGAAGACGUACCUCAGCGUGAACUACGCCAAGUUACUCGGCGACACGGGGCUCGUGUAUCGGGUGUUUGUCAAGUUCUUGACCCACCAGGUGGUUGAGCUCGUGGACUUGGUUCUGAUGGUCCACGAAGUAGACCCAGCUGUGAAGAAGAGCAUGAUGGUGACUGAGACGUUCAAUGGCAUUGACAGUACCCACUUCUACCCUGUUUUGUACGAGAUUCUUUUUACCGACUCCCAGACAUUGGACAACUCGCCCGUAUUCCAGACCAUCCUAUCCAAGGACCAGCAGCUUCGCUUGGAGAUCUUGGUGGGAGCUUACAGGACUGAACACCCCCAGGAGUUUGUCAGCUUGCUUGCCCAUGGAUUGCUCGAUGAAAAUACCGAUGGUUUACAGAGGACCGCCUCGCAUAGCACGCUUACAGAUCUCGAUGCGGGACUCUUUGACGCUCCACGGUCUCCUAUCGCGCCGCCAAGCUUUGGGAUCGCUCAGACAAUGUUCUACUCCGAGCCGUUUGCAAAUAGCUACCGGGUAUGCUUACUGGCGACUGUUGCGGAGCUCGCCAUUACUGAUAUCGGGUUGCUCAUCGACAAGCUCUUUACGCAACCGCUCAUCUUCGCGCACUACACGCUUUUUGUGGACGUGUUGAAUGCGUUGACGAUGCCGCGUGGCGAUGCAAACUAUGAGGGGUUGGUGAAUAGUACCGGCACGUUGGCAAAGAUCCCGUUGUUCAUCAACGAAUUCAACUUGCCAUUUUAUCAGUUGCUCAUCCGGCUUAUUCUCGACGUGGAGGCGAGUAGUGACCCCAGUGUGGGGGUUCGGACCGUGAUCCAGAACAUCUUGGAGGUUACCUACACGCGCAGCACCGUGGUGCUCGGAGAGUCCAUCCGGUAUUUGAGCGAGCCGUUCCAGUCGAGUUUGUUACAAGAGUGCGAGGCAAUGUUGUUGAAGAGUCAAGCGUUGAUUCUGCAGAUGCUUGAGCCAGUGGGGGGCGAGGAACAUGCAUCAGCAACGAGAGUUACGCAUGUGUUGGCGGGUAUUAUCAGCAAGUCUUCGCAGUUGGUGAAGUCGGAGGUGCUGUUUUCGGGCGAGUUAUUGAAAGAUUUACACCGGUUACUUGAGAUGCUUAUAGAAGCAAGCGAAGCAAGAGAAGCCAAUUCAGAAAACACUGCGAGAGAAGCUAUCUCAGAUAACAUUAUGAAUGGGGAAAUUGCAAAUGAGGGUAUUGCGAAAGAAGUCACCUCAGAGAGCAUUGUGAAUGAAAAAAUUAUAAACAAAACCACUGUGAAUGAAGCCAUCGAGGAUGAAGUGCCCGCAGUGUUUAGCGAAGCCGGCAGAAGACUGGUGCCCAAUGAAUCAGCCAAACCUGCCAGUGAGACUCAGUACGUGCUCUCCUUCUUCUGCAAGAUCCUCCUUAUCAACUAUCAACAAAUUGUACACUUAUUGAUGGAAGACCCCGGCACUCUGUUUUUCGAUGAUUUGAUUCGGUUACUCCAGCUGAAGGUGCUUGAGGAGGAUACCAAGAUAAAGAUCUUGCUCUACGACAUCUUGCUCUUGAUGCGGUCGUCGGUGAAGAUGCUCAUCAAACCUGACACCGAUGGGGGGUUCGUGCAAAAGCUCUUUGACUUGCCGAAGUUGAGCGCCUACAACCCGCUCCGUAGCGGCCUAGAAGCGGUCCGUGACAACUUAAAGACCGGAAACGACGUCCGCGACCGACAGUUGUGUGUGUUGGAGUCUAAAACGGGGAAAUACCAUCCGUUCUACUUUAAAAACUCCGAGUUAUUGGAGGACUCAAACCCCGUGAGUCUGAUGAACGAUACGACAAUUAAUAUGGCCAUGUUUGACACCGCGAUCGAGCGGAGAAACCCGACAUAAAUGAUGCAUUGGUAUGAUUAACGAGCGGUUUAGUAGAGAUUUUAGGUCCUGGCAGACUCUAGAUCUUAGGAUUAGGCAUCCCAUAGCUGUGACUUCCAGGUCCGUGAGCGAUCAACACGGCAACGGCUUAGAUCGUUUGUUUCUAAAAAGAUAUUACUUUCCAUAUUAUGGAUGUCAGACGGAACUUUCUCUUCGAUUAUACGUGCAAGGGCAUUUCAGAUCUGGGUCGCUCUUGGUUCGGCGAUUCUUCCAAGCCCUUAAUUUUAAACCCCAACUCGGUAUCCUUGCAUUAGAUGCUAUAGAAAAUACUCACACCGGUAACCAUGUGAGCUCCGCCAAAUGAACGGUGCCAGCGCCUGCACUUCUAUAGCUUUCCUGUAGCCUAUAGUUAUGACAUACAGUUUGCC